ACAAAGACCCAAACUAGAGCAUAUUAAGAAAAAGAGAAAGAACAAACUGCUAGAGAGAGAGAGAGAGAGAGAGAGAAGCAAAGAACUUGAGCGAUCUCUGAUAAUGGCGGCAUCGAAGAGCUACUACGCUCGAGCCAACUGCCGAUACCUCUCCAGCGACCGAGACGCUCCGAUCACUUCCGAUUCCAUGUUCGAGCUCGACGAAUCCGACGUUUGGAACUCGGUUCGAUCCUCCUCGCCGGAGUUCCGGAAACCGGUGCCGAGUUCGCGAAUCUCGAAGAAGACGGCGGCGAAGCGAACUGAGGCUGGAGCGACGGCGUCGUCGCUGCCGGUGAACGUACCGGACUGGUCGAAGAUAUUGAAGGAGGACUACAAGGACAAUCGGAGGAAAGAUAGCGACGAUGACGUAGACGAUGGAGAGGGAGAAGAGGCAGGGAAUCGGAUUCCGCCGCACGAGUUUUUGGCGAGGCAGUUGGCGAGGACGAGAAUCGCAUCCUUCUCGGUGCACGAAGGCAUUGGGAGAACUCUCAAAGGGAGGGAUCUGAGUAGGGUUAGAAACGCUAUUUGGGAGAAAACUGGGUUCCAAGAUUAAACAAACUCCAAAUCGGAAAUAUCACAACACAACAUAACACGGAGAUGAUACUAUCAGUUAGUUAGUUCGUUAUUAUUCAUCGAUCAUCCAUAGCUUUAACUGCUGCUCUUUUUUUUCUUUUUCUUUUUUUUUUCUUUUUUUCUGUGCUAUUUUAUUUUUGAUUUCAUUUUUUUGGUUUUGGUGACUGAUGAUGGAGCGGAUUAUGAGUGCAUGUAAUCCUAACUUUUGAGAGGAAAUCAUGAAAUGCUGAUUUUAUUUAUUUUGUUAUUUA